AUGUUUAACUGUGUAUCAUGUGAAAAAGUGUACGUUCAUAAGCGCAAUCUUAAUAGACACGCUAAAGCCCACGAUGGAUCGACGAAUUCGUGCGGGAUAUGCUUCAAGACGUUCACCUGGUGGGACAAACUCAGUAUCCACGUACAAAACUAUCAUAUGAUCGCUAAAAACACUCCUGAAUUCCACAGCGCUGUACGGACAACAGGCGGUGCAAUGGGUCGUGAAUCAGUCAUAAAAUGGGCACCCCACACCACUACACCGCCGCACGCUCAACCAGUUGUUCGGCCUCCGACACGGGUCAUCCCACCACACCGCCACCCCGCGACCACAUCUACCCCUGCGACCCGAACACCGGCUAUCGCCCUCCAAAUAUCGUCACCCGCCGCACAGCCAAUAGCUAACAGACCGGACACACGGUCACCCCCUGUCACCGAAGCGCACACUAGAUCGUGCUCACCCCCGUCCCCUCUACAAUGCGGCCCUCAUACCAAGAAUAGCCGACGAAAUAUCAAACGGAAAAAGACGCGAAUGGAUAAGGUUAAUACGCCCGGCUUUAUUGAGAUAGAGUCUUCGCUUAAUCGAUCGAUAGUGUGGUAUUUUAGGAAGAAUGUAGAAAACAUAGUCAGCUAUCGCGCGUUCCUCAACUCGAUAGAGUCGGAAUUAAUCGCGAAAUUACGCGAGUGCGUGCGUAUUAACCCCAUCAAAUUCAACCUGAAAUUGGAGGCCACGUACGUUAUACCCAACGUGCAAAAUUCGAUCCAAAAUCGUGCGUUUAAAACUUCGGCCCGAGAACUGUAUGUGCACAGCAAUGUAGAGGGUUUGAUCGAUCGCGACUUCACCUCGCUUCUUGCCAAAGAAGACUCUUACGCCGGUAAAUACAGUGGAUUCACCUUAUCGUGUAUCGACGGCUUACUCUUGGGCGUGUACGAGUACACGCCUAUGGGGGGAUCGUCGUACUUGCCGUUACCGGAAAGUAUUUUGAAUCGGAAGGCCGUUGUUAACCCUCAAAAUAUCGACCAGCAAUGUUUCAAGUGGGCGAUCCUCGCCAAACACGUACCGCAUGACAACCGCAGGCGAGUAGGCGCAAAUUAUUUACGCGAAGAGCACCGGUACGACUUUUCUGCGUUAUCGGUCCCCACACCCGUGUCGGAAAUAAAAUUAUUCGAAAGAUCGAAUCCGGGCACGACCGUAAAUUUAUACGGUAUAAGAAACUGCGAAAAAAAUAAAAAUAAUAAAACAAAAUCGAGCACUCAAUCUGUUGCGUACCCGCUGCGUGUCGCAGACAAAGAAAAGGCGGACCAUUUUGAUCUGUUACUGAUCGCCGGAAAGGAUGACGAGAAUCAUUAUGCGUAUAUUACGCAUUUUUCGCGUUUAGCCAGCCCGCAAAAAAAUAAUCGCGAGCAUCAGUUAUUUUUCUGUAAGCGAUGUUUUGCAGGGGCGGCUCGUCUGGGGAGACUUUGA